ACAAGACGUAGCUGAUGUGGGAGGGUAAAAGUUGGUCGUUAUUGAUUGAACGAAGCCGCACUAAUCGCGCAAGCUCGCCGUCCGCCCUGAAUGAAGUGACGUGCUCUCUCGCAUAUGGAGACGCGAAUAGAGAAACGAUAAGACCUGUGCAAGGCCCUUAGCAGCCGACCAACAGCAGUGACGACGACGACGACGACGAGAGGAUGCUCCCUCAACGGGGCUGCACUUGGCUGACGUUGAUGCCGUUCCUGUUGAGCUUGUCCACCUGCGAGCUCAGCUUUUAUCGGGAUGCGCUUCCGGAAACGUCGGAGGAUGUUGCGCUGAAACUGGCCCGUUAUCUGGAAGCGCAUCGUCUUCAGCAGCGUCUUCAUCGGCCCACGUACCUGUCAUCGAUGCACAAGAAACACAACAAUCUGUUGGACCAUCAGGAGGAGCGCGACGUUCUUCUAAAACUUCUAUCCGAUAGAAAGGAGCAGAAUUUCUUGACAUGGUUGUCGCGUCUUUAUCGUCAGAAUCAUAUCACGGAACCGGAGUAUCUUUUGUCUUAUUACAACCUGGAUCUCAAGCGUCCGCCUUACACCGAAGAGAAACAGUCAAGUGAAAACGAUGGCCGUUUCUCCAAAGACCUCCGGUACGGGAAAAUUUUCGAUGCGAACAGAGAUGCAAUAGAGUCCACAUUAGACUCUUUCCGAGAAAAAUACGUAGAUUUCAAUCAUGGAACGUUGCAUUACGAAGGCGGAAUGGAAACAGCACGUAUACGUCCAGCGACGGCAGCUGCAUCGGAAGCGACCGAACCAGAAUUCACGUAUAAAUUCGAUGACUCGAAUCGCAAGGAGGAGCAUCCAUUUGCGGUGAAACCGAAUGAUCCCAGAUACUACGGCGAGGAACCAUUUUCAUCAGAUGAUUUGGAUUGGCAAGACACGUCGAGGAUAAAUUCGAAAGAGGAAAAAAUUGCGAAUAAAGAGCGAACAUUGGCAAAACAUGAAGACAACAUGCAGAAUGUUGAGCAGAAGACGGAUGUAACCGCAGGACUCGACGUGUCAGAACCGGAUGGACUUGCGGGACCUCAUCCGGUGAUCGUGCCCAUAAAUCAGGACUUCAACAAUGACAUUUAUUUUAUUGCCAUUGUGGCCGGUUGCAGUGCAGCUGCGAUGUUUGCUUUAGUAUUGAUUAGUUUAACGUGGUGCAGAUUACAACGCGGUGCAAAAGCUGCAGCGGAUAUAGAGUAUCCUGCUUAUGGUGUGACGGGACCGAAUAAAGAUGUAUCACCUUCUGGUGAUCAGAGGCUCGCCCAAUCUGCUCAGAUGUAUCACUUCCAACAUCAGAAACAACAAAUUAUUGCUAUGGAAAAUCGUACUUCUGCAACGAGGGAUCCGGGUUCUCUUUCGGAAGCGGAAAGCGAUGAAGAGAAUGAGGAGGGUGACUAUACCGUUUACGAAUGCCCAGGACUUGCACCUACGGGCGAGAUGGAGGUGAAGAACCCGAUGUUCCAUGAUGAUCCCACUCCGGCGACGCCGGCGACGCAGAGCAACAAAGAAGAGGACCACAUAUAGUUUCAAUAAAGUAGAAAAAAUAAAAACCGUACGCGCGCGAUCUAAAAAAAUCUUUCCCGGUGCUUAGCUCACUGUUAAUAUAUCAUAUCGAAACGUUUAUCUAUUAUAUUGAGUGUAUACAACUUUAAUAUUUAUAUAUGGCGCGAUGAGAGAGAGAGAGAGAGAGAGAGAAGCGACGCGUUUUACGAGAAGACGGGAAAGAAGACUUCGGUUCGACAUCAAAACGACCGAUGUUAUUUUCCAUUCCGGAAGUAAGAGAACAGAAACGCUUAUACAGUAAAUGAAAUCGGAGCACGACAAACGAAUCGAUAAAUGUGCGUUUGCGAUUUUAUGCGGGUGGAUUUAGUACCUGCGAUUUUUUUGUGACAGUCACAUCGUCAAAUUGGUGAAUCGAAUCGAUAUCUUACGAAAUGCCGAAAAAAAUGCUUCUUCAAAGAAGUUCAACCCUAAAAAACACCAGUUUUUUUAGUUAUAUUACAAGAAAUGUAUUAUAAAGGAAGACGAUAGAGUUUAUAUCGUCUUUUUCUCCAUAACACACAUUAGAGCGGCGUCAGUUUUGCGAAAUGUUACAUUGACUGCGUUCAACAGAAAAAGUAGUUUAAUAAGCACUUUGUGUUAAUUGAGUUACACUUUUAAAUCUAGAGAAGUGGUUCUACCUUAACUCAAAUAUAAAAAUGUAAUUCAAUGCCUUUGCAAAAGGUGCUCACCAAGCUGCUUUUUCUGUCGAACGCAGUCUUUGUUUUUUUGCGAUUUUAUGAGUGGAAGUAACGGAAUCCAAUGGCGAGUGAAUUAUCGAUCAAAAAACCGCGUCUAUGCGAGAACACCCAGUUUUCUAAUAUCGCGACAUACUAUAGUUUGUACUUUCAUAGUAGGAGCAGUUGCCGCACGAUCGCAAUUAUUUUUCUAUGACUCGACACCGGCUGCACAUACAGCUCGGAUAUCUGGUGAACAUUUGACAUAUAUUUGAUCGCGCGCGCGAUACAUUCAUCGGAUAUGCGUGCUGCUUAUGAGCAGUGGUAUAUCAAAGUCUAUCGUCCGAGAUUAUUCUCCCUUGAAAGUAAAAAAAAAAAAGAACUACGAUUGUUAAUUUGGGACGGUCUAUUCGAAUCUGUUUAGUAUUGGUCGGAUAUAUAUGGAAAGUUAUAUACAAUAUUAUUGUAUAAUUACACGAUUAUAUUUCACAAAAUCUUAACUCUUAUACAUCUGUCUUAGGGUAAACAAGCAUAAAUACUACACUAAACAGUGUUCCACAGAACUUACCUGUUAUACAUGUAUGGGGAACAGAAUGCUAUACGUCGUAUUCUUAUCACUGCAAAUAUCUUCUUUUGGAAUUGCAAUGAGAUCGUGACAAACAAUGUCACGGUUUAAGUUGAUGCUGUGCUAUUUCUAGAUAGAUUAAACGAGAUAACGAGCUUCUGGCAAGCUCGUUUAUAAAUAACGAUGUGUUUUACCGAAAUAUUUGUUAUUAAAAAUUUCUCUUC